AUGGGCAUGCUGCUUGCCGCAGCCUUUGGGGUCUUUUGRCAGAAGAACCCGAGCAUGUCCGCACUGGACCUUGGCUGCUUUUCAUGGAAGGUUGAGCGCCUUCAAGCGAGCGCUGACCACCACGAAUUGCGGAUUAUCGAGGAUACGACUGCAUGGGCAACACCUGCGUGUGUGAUGAAUGAGUCGCUUGACACGAACCCCGCAGUCCUGUAUGCGAUAUGCGGAUCACGUUUGAGCGUUGAAUUGUGCUCGGCAGACAACCCGAUCCAGGGGAGUGUGGAUUGGGCCGUCGCCGUCGCCGCCUGGCAUAUCUCUCCUGCAGGAUGA